AUGGCCUCCGAUCAGACACCAUCUAGGCCGGGCUUAUCACUCUAUGCGAAUUUACUUGACCCGUCCGCCGAAUCCUCGGCCCCGGGGACAAUCUCGCGCGCGCCCGUCGUCUUCAAGCAGAGCUCCGAAGACAAUGCGCAGUCAGAUGAAGCUGCUAAGAAGCAGCAGUUGAACCCUGCCGCUCUCCGAUUCCAACCCACCAAGAGACCCCAGUUAGCAGCGCAGAAACCGAAACCAAAACCGACAUUACCCAAAGCCGUUCCUGCGGCCGCUGCUCUAUCAGCGCCUGCUCCGCCCGUCAUGACCACUUUGGCGGACUGGGCCGCCGACGAUGACGAUGUCAAUGGCUUCUACGCGGGAGAAAAGAGACAACGAGGGGGUCGCAAAAAGCGCAAGAAGAACCGCGAAGCGCAGGAGCUUGUACAGAACUGGGACGAUAUAUAUGACCCGUCAAGGCCGAAUAAUUACGAGGAAUAUAAGCAUAGUGACGAGCAGAUUGCUGAGGUUCGGGAAUGGAAAGACCGUCUCUAUGCGCAUCGCAUGGCGCGCUCGCCCAGCAGGGACUCGUUUAGCGACGAUGAGCGCCGGCCAAUGAACAGACAAUUCGCUCCCCCAAGGAGCUUCGCGCCGCCUCCAAACCUCAACGAUAUUCCACCAGAGCCGCCAGCCUCUCUUCCUGAUGAUCCUUCGGAUGAAUAUUCUUUUGCUCAACGCGCACAGAUCACAGCAGGCACAGAGGAUGCGCAACCUCUUCCGCCGCCUGCCCCAGUUCCAGACGACCCCACCGGAGAUGAUGCCUAUGCCAGGCGCCUUCAGAUGUCUGCUAGAAUGCAUGCUCCAAUUGAAACCGCGCCACCACCUUCUCCUGUUCGAGCUAUGGAUACAAUACAGCCAUCUUCGGCAACUAUUUCUCGUGCGCCAGUCCGUUAUACCCUCCCUCCGCCUCCAGAAGAUAUCCCUGCGUCGGAAGCCGAACUUGAAGAAGUCUUUGCCAAGGAGAAGCCUACCGAAGAUGAAGGUGAUGACGAUGGUGAGCGCUCGCUGCGCCCGGGGCAAAAAGGAUUUGCUGAGCGGUUGCUGGCUAAGUAUGGCUGGACAAAGGGCUCUGGUCUUGGUGCAACCGGGUCUGGUAUUGUCAACCCGCUACAAGUUAAGGUCGAGAAGCAAAAGAAGCGACCUGACUCCGAAGGCGGUGGCUUUGCUACUCCAGCUGGUCGAGGAAAGAUCAUCGGUGGCAAGAAGAGGGCACCAGAAGACGAGGGUAAGUUUGGUCGGAUGAGUGAAGUGAUCGUGUUGAAGGGCAUGCUCAAUGGCUUGGACUUGGAUGCGGAGUUGGAAGGCGGGAACUUGAUGCAGGAGAUUGGAGAAGAAUGCUCGGAGAAGUAUGGCAAUGUUGAGCGGGUCUUUAUCUCUCGCGAUUCACAUCCUCCAGUGCCUGUUUUCGUGAAGUUCACCAAUCAAUUAUCAGCUCUACGGGCUGUGAAUGCACUCGAAGGACGGAUAUUCAACGGAAACCCAAUCACGGCUCGAUUCUUCGAUAAUGCCAAGUUUGAGCAGGGGAUAUACGAUGAUUAA